UAGCCCAGUUCAAUCAGUCUAGCGAAUUCUGUUAUUUGGCCAAGAGCAGAGCGAAUUCAGACACUUGCGGAAUGUCCUAUUUCCUGCUGCUGCUUCUGACGGCAUUUGUUGCCGCCGACUGGCCCGACCUCGAAGUGGACGACUGCAAACAGCCGCCGGAGUACGGCAGCUGCCACUCCCACAUCCGCAUGUGGUACUACAAUCGCAACACCAGAAGCUGCAAGCCCUUCGACUACUCCUCCUGCGGCGGCAACUCGAAUCGCUUCUUCACCAAGUCCGAGUGCUUCACCCACUGUGCUCCGCAGCGCACAGCUCCAAUUAAUCACUGAUCGAAUCUAAACGACGAAGCAGAGGCAAUGCCCGAGGCCCAAACGAUUUGCGGCAGACUAAAACUAAGUUUUUGGGUUAAUGCAUAUGCAGAUGUGUGUAUUGAAUAGACAUGCAUAUUAAUAAUAUAUAAGCAUAUUUAUCUAUACGUAUUGACAGAGGUUCAGCUCAUUAAGCUCGCAGUUUGUCUUACGCGACUUUAACAUACUCUCUACUGAGUUGA